GAUCAGUUUCCCCAUUCGGGUAUAUUCGCUCGUCUCCUCUUCCAUCGGCUCCAUCGGUUGGGGAAACGGUCGAGGUUCGCGAGUUCCCUGCGUGCCGCACGUUUUGCAGCCUGUUCUUCUUCGCCGCCGCAGAGAAACGCAUUCAGGAAGGAGCAAGAUACUAUUAUCGGCAAACAAGUUGGCGAUAUCGAAUUUCUCGCGUAUCGGCGCGAGAGUUGAUCGUUGAUCACACGAGCGGAUCCCACAGAAUGGACGGGGAGGAGAGCAAGGGAAGCAACGAGGUAUCGAAGCUGCAAUGGGCGGAUUAUCUUGUCAUCGGCGUAAUGUUGUCGAUCUCGGCCGGGAUCGGGAUCUACUACCGAUUCACCGGAGGCAGGCAACGCACGGCCGAGGAGUACUUCUCGGCCAAUCGUACGAUGGGCGUCGUUCCCUUGGCUAUCGCGCUCACGGUGUCUUUCAUGUCGGCGAUCACCCUGCUAGGAAUCAGCGCGGAAAAUUACGUCCACGGUACGCAGAUCACGCUUUUGUACCUGGGUGGUUUCUUCGGCACGCCGAUCGCCUUGUACUUCUACCUUCCCGUCUUCACCCAGUUGAACAGCAUGAGCGUGUACGAGUAUCUGGAGAAACGAUUCGGAAUCGGGGCACGACUGGUGACAAGCUGCGCCAACUUCCUCCAAUUGUUGUUGUACACCGGAGUUGUGUUGUUCGCUCCAUCGUUGGCCCUCGAGGCGACGACCGGCCUGUCAGGGAACGCGAGCGUCCUGUUAAUAGGGAUGAUUUGCACUUUCUAUUCUACGGUGGGUGGCAUCAAGGCUGUCCUCAUCACAGACGUCUUUCAAGGAUUGCUCAUGUUCGUUGGAAUCGGUUGCGUCCUCGGCAUAGCGGCCGGCGACCUCGACGGAGGCUUGUCCAACGUGUGGACCAUCGCCCGCCAGGGUGGUCGAAUAGAAUUCUUCGAUUUCAGAAUUGAUCCAACCGUAAGGCAUACCUGGUGGGGAUUGCUGAUCGGUGGCACGACGAUUUUCCUCUCUCUAUACGCCGUGAACCAGGUUCAAGUUCAACGUUUGCUCACCGCCAAAAGUCUGAAAGCUUCGCAAAACGCGCUCAUUCUGAGCGGUCCGAUCACGUUGGCUCUAGGCAUCAUGACAUCGUUCUCCGGCCUGGUUUUGUACGCUGUCUACAGAGACUGCGAUCCUCUCAUGUCCGGUAAAAUUUCCAGCUUCGACAAAAUAAUGCCGUAUUUCGCGGCUGAUAGAAUGUCACGGGUGCCAGGGAUCACUGGCCUCUUCAUAUCCGGUGUAUUCAGCGCCAGCCUCAGCACCAUUUCCGCCAUGUUGAAUUCCUUGGCCGCCGUGGCUCUCGAGGAUUACGUGAAACCUGCAUGUCGCAAAAUCGGGCUACAAUUUCCAGAAGAGAGAGCCACACUGAUCGGCAAAGUUCUGGCUGUUUCGAACGGUUUCAGUUGCUUGGCCGUCGCCUUCAUCGCCAGAUCGAUGGGUUCUCUGGUCGAAACCGCCAUAGGAAUAUCUGGGGCUAUAGGGGGCCCGAUCCUGGGCAUUUUCACCCUAGGGAUGUUCGUGGAGAGGGCCAACGAGAGCGGAGCCAUCACGGGGAUCGUCUCGGCGCUCGUCACCUGUAUGUGGGCCGCGUUCGGGCCGAAACCGGACGUGCCGUUACUUCCACUGUCCGUCGAGGGCUGCGACAAUUCCACCUCGCUGUUCCAUUAUCGAAACACCACUCAAUCCGACGAACACGUGGACGAUUCCUCGUACUUUUAUCUGUAUCGUGUAUCGUACAUCUGGUACAACCCGCUUGGAUUUUUUAUCACGUUGAUCGUUGGAUACGUAACGAGUUUGAUCACGAGCAGGAUAUUUCACAAGGACGGCCGUGAACCGGAUCCAAGCUUGUUCGUCCCCUUCUUGGCGUCCCGAAUCAGGCGGCAAAGACAGAACGAGGGUAAAACUACGAACAGCCAGGUCUUCGUCUUGGAGAGCAGGAAAUGAAAUAAGAAGGCAUCGAAUCGAGAAUAAAAUCCUCUCGAAUUAAGCUUCAACAAUUUUCGUGAUCGCUUCACGUUUUCAGAGAGCUGGAAGGGCGUUCCAACGAUUACAAAUUGAAGAGCAUAUAUAUCGUCAAAGUUUUCCAGGAAUGGAGCGGAAAAUCCUUUAUACCGUUUCUUCUACGAGAGAUAUAAUGUACAAAUUUUAUAAAUUUAUGGAUGUUAAGAACCUUA